UGCUGGGGAAGAAGGGUCUCUGCUUUGAGGACCCCGCUGCCAGCCCCUCCCCACGCACCCGGCCGCUGUGGGUGCUGGGGCUGCGCUGCUGCAGGAAGUGCUCAUUGCCAACAGCUGCGUGGGUCGUGGAGCCUGGAGCUGUUGGGGGCUGUACUCAGUGCUCAGCAGCCCAGCAUUACCCCACUCCCACCUCUGGUGCAGGAGGGCUGGGGGGCUCCACCCGUGGCUGUUUUUGCUGGGGGACUUUGCCUUUCCUUUUUUUCCCCUUCCUCCAUUCACACUGAACCCUUUGCCAAAGGAGCUGCUGCUCUCAGUGUGUGACAGAACACACUUUGCAAGCGCUGCCCAGGGGAGAUACGGGGUGACCCAGGAAGCUGUGGGAUGGCUCAAGGGACCAUUUUGGGUUCUGGGGUACCAGGAGGGAAUGAGAAAGCUGCACGAGCACCCGAGGCUGUUGCACAUGGCAGGGGCUGGCAGUGAGCCCUUGCCCAGGGGCACCCAUGGUGCUGGGGAACGCACUGGGUGUGGGGCUGAGGAAUGUCCCCAUAGGGUGGGUGCAGCGCUCGGUGCCCCCCGGCACAGCUGGGCAUCCUGCCUGCGCUGCUGCAGAGCAGCUGGUGGGAACCUGCGGCUUUGCCUUUGAUCAUGAAAGCCGAGACAAUAGCGUUGUGGUUGCUCUGCUCAGAGCUGUCUCCAAAAACCCAGGGCUGGCGGCGUGGCACGGCCCGGGCACGAUGUGUCCCUUCUGGUCUGUCCCCAUUUCAGCUGUCACUGCAGUUCUUGGGGGACUGAGACCUGGGGGGUGUGGUAGUGAUGGCCAAAGUGGGGCUGUGGGUGCGGGACGUGUCACACAGCCCAGGAGGUUUCUGCUCUGGUAUAGCACAACUGGAGCUGCCACUGCGAUCCCACAGCACUGAGCUUUGGGAAGGGGGCUGCAAAGGGACCGGGGGCUUCGCAGCCCUUUGGGUGACAGCGUCGCACCCACCGCUGCCCCCGUGCAGCACAUGGCCCACUUACGUGCCCCCGCUCCACCUCAGCCAAGGGGCUCUCUGCACCCAAACCCACCCGAUCCCAGGCCUGGGGGCACCUGGAGCAGGACCCCAACGCACAGCCCAGCUGGGGAUGGCAGGAAGCCUCGGGGUUUGUCACCAGCGCUUGCGGUUGUGUGCGAGCUGUGAACCAGCUCCUCUAGAGUUUGCUCAGGAGGCAGGAAACCGGGGCAGGCAGCGAGCAAGAGCGAAGAGCGGCGGUGGGGAGCGCGCACCCGCGUGCGGGGGUUCAGCUGCGCUGCCGGGGUCAGCGUGGGCCCGCGGCCAUGGGGACGAUGUGAGUGGGGACCGUCACUGCUGCGCGGCCAUGGGAGUCUGAGAACGGUGGUCCUCGUUGCGCUGCCCACAGCCACCAUGGGCUGCUGCUGCAGUUCGGACUAUGAUGAGGAUUGGAUUGAGAACAUCGACAUCUGCGAGCACUGCAACUACCCCAUUGAUCCCGACAGCAAGCGCCAGCAGCUGAUCCGCAAUGGCUCUGAGGUGCGGGAUCCUCUGGUGUCCUACGAGGCCACGUCUCCGCCGUGCUCCCCACUGCAAGACAAGCUCGUGGUGGCUCUGUAUGACUAUGAACCCACCCAUGACGGGGACCUGGGACUUAAGAAGGGCGAGAAGCUGCGUGUCCUGGAAGAGAGUGGGGAGUGGUGGAAGGCGCAGUCACUCACCACGGGCCAGGAGGGUUUGAUCCCCUACAACUUCGUGGCCAUGGUGAACAGCCUGGAGCCAGAGCCGUGGUUCUUCAAGAACCUCAGCCGCAAGGACGCGGAGCGGCAGCUGCUGGCAUCGGGCAACACGCACGGCUCCUUCCUCAUCCGGGAGAGCGAGACCUCCAAAGGCUCCUACUCGCUGUCCGUGAGGGACUUUGACCAGAACCAGGGCGAGACAGUGAAGCACUACAAGAUUCGCAACAUGGACAACGGGGGGUACUACAUCUCUCCCCGGGUCACCUUCAGCAGCCUGCACGAGCUGGUGGAGUAUUACACACGCAGCUCGGAUGGGCUGUGCACCCGCCUUGGCAAGCCCUGCCGGACGCAGAAGCCGCAGAAGCCGUGGUGGCAGGAUGAGUGGGAGGUGCCACGAGAGUCACUGAAGCUGGUGGAGAAGCUGGGAGCGGGGCAGUUUGGAGAAGUCUGGAUGGGCUUCUACAACGGCCACACCAAGGUAGCCAUCAAGAACCUGAAGCAGGGCAGCAUGUCCCCCAGUGCCUUCCUGGCAGAGGCCAACCUGAUGAAGAACCUGCAGCACCCGCGGCUGGUGCGGCUCUAUGCCGUGGUGACCAAGGAGCCCAUCUACAUCAUCACAGAGUACAUGGAGAAGGGCAGCCUAGUGGACUUCCUCAAGACCUCGGAGGGCAUCAAGCUCAGCAUCAACAAACUGCUGGACAUGGCUGCACAGAUUGCUGAAGGCAUGGCCUUCAUCGAAGCCAAGAACUACAUCCACCGUGACCUGCGGGCUGCCAACAUCCUCGUGUCGGAGGCUCUGUGCUGCAAAAUCGCCGACUUUGGGCUGGCGCGCCUCAUUGAGGACAAUGAGUACACAGCACGUGAAGGGGCUAAAUUCCCCAUUAAGUGGACAGCACCGGAGGCUAUUAAUUACGGCACAUUCACCAUCAAGUCCGACGUCUGGUCCUUCGGCAUCCUGCUCACCGAGAUCGUCACCUACGGCCGGAUCCCGUAUCCAGGGAUGACCAACCCCGAGGUGAUCCAGAACCUGGAGCGCGGCUACCGCAUGCCACAGCCAGACAACUGCCCGCGGGAGCUGUACGAACUGAUGAUGCAGUGCUGGAAGGAGCGGCCCGAGGAGCGGCCCACCUUCGAGUACAUGAAGAGCGUGCUGGAGGACUUCUUCACCGCCACCGAGGGACAAUACCAGCAGCAACCAUGAGGCCCCACACGGCGCCGGGGGCACGCUGGGCCCCCACAGACUCUGCGAGCAUCCCAUGAGCACUGCCUGGCAGUGAAGAUUUUGUGCUUCCCAAAGAGCUUUGCCCCUGAACGGCGAUGCCCUAACUGAAGUGCCCAUGGACUGGUGCGCACUGGGGACAUGCCAUGCACCACUGUGCCCAUGGAUGUCACCUCCUCGCCUUGCCCCACAGCCCCCACACACAGCACGGAGCUCUCAGUGUGAGGCAGCCCCUCAUGGCCUGAGCUGGGCCACAGCAGAGGCCAUGGGCCCCUCAUGGCUUGGGCAGGGCCUCAGGCAGCCAAGGAGCCCCUCAGGAUACAGGCAGGGCUUCAGGCAGAGCCCAUGGUGCCCUCAGGGUCUCAGGUGGAGGCCAUGGGCCUGAGGCCCAUGGGGUUGGGGUCGGUGCCAACCAGGCCCCAGCUCUGCCGCUUCCAGUCAGGGCCUCUCCUGCCCACAGUGGGGGUAGGCAAGGCCUCGGGCCCAGAGCGGGCUGCAGCCACAGGCCCACAGAGACAAUGCUGCCGUGGGGCUCGAGGCCCUGCUGGUGCCCCCUGGAGCCCGCACUCUGCCAUGCCAGGCCCCUGCUGACACAGGCUGGCACUGCCAGGCCCUCGAGGCCCUGCUCGCCCCAGGCACUCCGGGAGCCCCGUGCCGUGCCCAGCCGGCACGUUGGGAAUGGUUCUACCCCACCUGUUCCCCCCCUCCCCGCAGAA